AUGUUUGUUAAAAUAAACUUUUCGACUACCAACUCUAACCCCGAUGGAAACAUUUCGCCCUCGAGUCCCUUUCUCAAAUCAAGCACCUCAUCACUUACUGAGAUAGAUGAUUUAUCUUCUUCUUUCGAUUCUGAAAGUGAAAUAAAUGAGCCACCCUCACCACCCGAAACACCGGGUCUUCAGCGAAAACGUCGGCGCGAUGAAGUCUCUGAGGAAUCCGAUGGAACACCAGAACCACCCUCCCCUUCAGAAACCCUUGUUCCACAAGAUCCCUGCAAAGUAUGUGGUGGCUUUGAACCUUUGGACACACAAUAUUCAUUAGUUGUAUGUGUAGGGUGUCAAGUAUGUGUCCAUCAAGACUGUUAUGGAGUAACCACCCUUAAGCCACGAGGAAGAAGUUGGCGAUGUGAUCCAUGUCUUAAUAAGCACCUUCGUAAUGCAAUUAAGAUCAAAAAAUGCGUUCUCUGUAAUCUACCAGAAGGCGAAAACAAUGCGAUGAAGAGGACUAAUGGAAAUAAUUGGGUGCAUGUUUUGUGCGCUACAUUUAUCCAAGAAACCUCAUUUUAUGAUGCAGAAAAGGUAUAUUUAGUGAUGGAUAUCGAUGAUUUAGAUGCAAAAAGGUGGAAAAUGAUUUGUUCAAUAUGUCAAGAGUCUGGUGGUGUAUGCAUUCAAUGUUCCGGUGAUGAAUGUAAAAAGCGAUUUCAUGUAACUUGUGCACAAAACGCAUGCUAUAAAAUUGGAUUUACUUUACGACCACCAAAAGUUGAUUCAAUAGAUUUAACACGGACAGUACAGACAGAACAGACAACACAAACAACGCAGAUAAUUAAUUCUUUAUUAAUAAAAAGACCAUUGGCAUCUAAAUCUAUUUUCCCAAUAAGUCCUCCAGCUGCAGUUGUAGUAGAUCCUAAUAAUUUCGAAGAUUCUGAAGACUUUAAAGGUGAACUUGUUUCUAAAGUGUAUUGUGAAGAACAUGGAGAGGUUGAAAAUUUUAUCAGUUUAAAUACCCGAGGCCCUCAAUCACAUCAGGUGUUUAUUACUUAUUGA